UCAAUUUUUCCUGAAUAAUUUUACAGUAAUAUAUAACGUCUUAUCCCAGUGUUCAUUGAUUGAUUGAACGGGUACACGGAGAACUGCUAUAAAAGAUAAGCCUUCUGACUGCGCAUCACAAUUACAAUGGUGUACCAGUGAGCAAGUCAGGUGGAAACCAUGCGAUCUCUCAUAAUACCUACUGACCGAGCUUUUCUUUCUACAUUUUACAAAAUGACAAAUAUACAGUUAUAUUGUGUAAUUAUUGUGUUAUGUUAUAAAUAUACUUUAGCUGUUAAUCAUGUUAUAAGACACACGGAGUACGGUAAAGUUAAAGGUGUUUUGGAACAUGUUCAGCAUGGGAAAGUAAUUGAGAAAUUUUUAGGCAUUCCAUACGCGCAACCACCUAUUGGGAAACUAAGAUUCGAGGCCCCAAUUCCUCCACAUGGCUGGGGCAGUGAAAUACUCCGUACAGAAAACUUUGGUCCAGCCUGUCCCCAGGGCGCAGGAGGUAUGGAAUAUAUCAAACUGCAUCAUCCUGGCUUUGAUUUAUCAAGUGAAGACUGUCUCUACCUCAAUGUAUAUGUGCCUAAGAUUGUUAAUCAUAAUUCCCGAAUGCCUGUAUUGGUAUUUAUACAUGGCGGAUCUUACUUUAAUGGUAUGGGUGGUAUGUUUGAGGGGUCGUUUUUAGCUAUUGAGGGUAUCAUUGUUGUUACUGUUAAUUACAGACUAGGAGCUUUAGGAUUUCUAUCUACGGGAGACUCGAACAUUCCUGGUAAUUAUGGCAUGUUAGAUCAAGUGGCAGCAUUACAGUGGGUUAAACAGAACAUUCGUCAUUUCGAUGGUGACCCUGAUAGAAUAACUAUUGACGGCCAUAGUGCUGGAGGAUGUAGUGUUGGACUGUUAAUGAUAUCCCCUUUAACAAAAGGUUUAUUUAGAAAUGCAAUAAUUCAGAGUGGAUCACCUCUGGCUCAUUGGGCAGUAAGACAAAGACCUUCAUUACCAGAUGUGUAUUAUAAUAUCUUCACCAGCGCUUUCGACUGUCUCUCUAACAAUACAUACACCGUCAAACAAUGUCUACAAUCUGUGACAGCAGACGAGAUCUUCCGAAAGACAUCAGGAGGACAUGCCUCCAGUCCUCGGAUAUCCCCUCAGUUUACACCAGUAGUCGAUGGCUAUUUUCUACCCAAACAUCCUCGAGAGCUGCUUAUACAGGGAGAUUUCUAUGUAGACAACGUUAUGACUGGAGCUACAAAGGACGAAGGAUUGGUAGCAGCCAACCAUUUGAAUUAUACACUUGCUGCUGACCUACAUGGUCUUGACCAGUUGUUAACGCUAAUACACUGUAUCAGAGGAGAUUUACCAAGAUUACCAGGAAUAGUGGAUACAGUUUUGGAAGUUUAUGCUAGCUGGCCAUUUGAUACUUCAGAUGAAAAUGUUAGGCAGAUCUUUUCUGAGAUUAUUGGAGACCAUUUCAUCACAGCGCCUACCCAUGAUUUAGCAGAGGCUCUCGUUAAACGGAAUUCCACUGUAUAUUUGUACAACUUUGAAUACAGAUCAGAGUUCCAAAGAAAAGAAGAAGGUGUUGUUCAUGGAUCAGAAAUAUUUUAUUUGUGUGGAUUUCCAAUGACUGGACAUCCGACAUUUCUAUAUGGCGAGAAAGACAGAAAAACUGCGAAAAUGCUCAUGCAUCUUUGGGCAAACUUUGUCAAAAAUGGACUUCCAAGUCUUGUUCCACACAAGGAGUUCCACAUGGCACCUUAUUCACUCCAUAGAAAACAGUACAGCAAUAUUUUCGACGGAGAAAUGGUGCCGAAAGUCGAAGUCAACGCUAAUUAUAAAGACAAAAAGAUACAUUUUUGGAAUAAAAAACUCCCUCAGUUGUUAUCAAAUACACAUAGACAAAGCAUCGAUCAGAGUCGAACUGUUACUAAAAGUUACUUUGUGCAGGAAACAGACUCGUGGGUGUUAAUAUCUAUAUGUAUAGUUCUUGCAGCUUUAUCUAUUUCAUUCCUUGUCGGAUAUUGCAGAACAAGAAGACAAUUGAUUAAAGUAUUAAAACAAAAUGGCGUCCCAUUAGCUAACAGAAUGAUAUAGACUUUAUAAGAAACAGGCUGUGUAUUAUAAUAAUGAUUAUAAUCAUUGAUUAAUAAUUUGUCUCAAAU